GGUCUGUCAUUGAUCCACCAAGGAGUGAUGUCACGUUUUCUUUCUGUAUCUUAUUCUUAUCACGUUUAUUUAGUUCUGUUGUAAUUUCUAAGCACAAUUGUGUAUGUUUAAAGUUCAAAGUCUAUUCCUUUAAAAUUUCUAGUCAUUUAUUCUACCUUAUUUUUCAUCAUGUUAUUGAUGUUAUUUGUAAUCUCGAACGAGCAAGUCUCAUGAAAAGGUCUUCCUUCGCAGUACGUGAUACGUUUAGACGUAUUUGGUAUGCAAAAAAUAUUCGUACUCGUAAGCUGAAUAAGUUUUUUUUAGUACGCUGGCGUUUAUUCUUCGUCUGCUCUUCUGAUGAUAAUACACAUUUACGAUAAUGGCGUGGCUUGGCAAUAUUGCCAAUAGUGUGCUUCGGAACGUUUUCGUCGAAGCUCCAGCAGACGUAGUUUUGGAGGUUAGAUCAGACCAGUACGGAAAUCGACACAUUCAUUGCCGAGAAGACGGUGUUGUUUUGUAUAAUCCAGGAGACAAAUAUAAGGACAAGUAUGAAAUCGUUCUCCACAGACCUUGCACUGAAACGCUUCAUCAGGCUUACAGCCUUUUUCGCUCAGAAAAUCUGGAAAUCACAGAGGAACGAUUUAUCAUAUUCAAGGAUAAAGUUCCAGUUCUUGUGCAAUUAUGCAGAGAGGUAGUUAAGUUCUAUGAAAUGUGCAACACAGGAAAGAUACAAAAGCUCUGCCAUACACUCGUGGAGCAUCCAACCUGGAAUUUGGCCCACUUAGCGGCUCAUUUAACCCUCUACGAUGCUUUCAAUCACGACGUCGUCAACAGCCAGUUGAAUAGCAGCGAUCCUCAAACAGGAGUAUCACCACUGCAGGUAGCGAUUCAGACCAAUAACUUACGAAUGGUCCAAAUGUUAAUCGAAGCAAAAAGCUCGUUGGAACACUUGGACCACAAUCGCAAUACCGUCUAUCAUUACGCGGCCACUUCUACCAAAGAUAUUAUCACCACCCUCGGGCCCGGUCUUCCUAUAACAUUGAACAGUAGAAACAGCGAUGGCCACACGCCCAUGCACGUUGCUUGUCGCAGUGACAAGCCUGAUUGCGUCAAAGCUCUCCUACUCGUUGGAGCCGAUGUAAACAUUCCUGCUUCCGAAGGUCAGCCCUCCAGUCCGGGUUACGUCGGCGACUUUCUCCACAACAAACCAAACGUCUUGUACCCGGAAGACAUGAAAUUCGGAGGCACUCCUCUGCAUUGGUCCGUAAGUCGAGAAGUAAUCAACGCCUUAAUAGAAAAGAAUUGCGACAUCGACGCUCUGAAUUUUCACGGUCGUACCGCUUUGCACAUUAUGGUUCAACGAAAGAGACUCGAGUGUGUCGUUGCUCUUCUCAGUCACAUGGCCAACGUGAACAUCACCGACGACGAGGGAAAUACUCCUCUGCAUAUUGCAGUCGCUGAGGCAACUCCUGCCAUUGUUCAAAUCCUUAUCGGUUUCGGAGCCGAUCUGAACGCAGUAAAUUGGCUCCAGCAAACGCCAAGACACUUGGUCAGCCACGACACCAAUGAUGGUAAUAAAAUUUUGUAUAUUCUCCACGCAGUUGGAGCAGAACGUUGUUCAAAGGACAUGCUGGGUUGCACGACUGGUUGCAAAUAUGACGAGGAAUAUAAUGGAAUAGCCCCGCCAGAACCACCGACUGCUGUUCCCAGAACGAUUUUGGAUCAGAUGCUGUACGUUGCGAGUAUGGAAAAGUUGGCGUCAAAGAAACGGACACCCUUGAAAGGCGGAAGAUUGUUGUGUCUUGAUGGCGGUGGAAUUCGUGGAUUAGUCCUGGUACAAACUCUGCUGGAGGUGGAGUCCGUUCUUGGAGAGCCGAUAGUGAGUUAUUUCGAUUGGGUCGCUGGAACAUCAACUGGUGGGAUCCUUGCUCUUGGAUUGGCUGCAGGGAAAACUUUGAAGGAGUGCCAGGCUCUUUACUUUCGUCUGAAGGAGGAAGCUUUUGUCGGCAUGCGGCCAUAUAAUAGCGAGCCUUUCGAGAAGAUCCUGAAAGAAUGCUUAGGAGCGGAACGAGUCAUGUUGGAUAUCAAAGAUCGUAAGGUCAUGAUCACCGGUGUUCUUGCUGAUCGCAAGCCUGUGGAUUUACACUUGUUUCGAAAUUAUGAUUCCCCGAGUAUAAUAAUGAAUGUCCCGACUAGCACAAAGUUUAAGGAAACACUUCCUCCGGAGGAACAGCUUCUUUGGAAAGCGGCUCGAGCUACUGGAGCGGCUCCCUCGUACUUUCGAGCUUUUGGACGAUUUUUGGAUGGUGGAUUGAUUGCUAAUAAUCCGACCCUGGACGCGAUGACCGAGAUUCAUGAAUAUAAUUUGGCGCUGAAAGCGAUGGGGAGAAGUGAGGAAGUUGUUCCUUUAUCGGUGGUCGUUUCUAUCGGAACUGGGUUGAUCCCGGUGACUUCGUUGACGGAAAUAGAUGUGUUUAAACCGGAAGGCCUGUGGGAUGCGGCAAAACUGGCGAUGGGCGUUUCCACGUUGGGACAUCUCUUGGUUGACCAAGCAACAAUGAGUGAUGGGAGGGUUGUGGAUCGAGCCAGAACCUGGUGUUCGAUGAUUGGAGUUCCUUAUUACCGGUUUAAUCCGCAACUGACAAAGGAAAUAGCCAUGGACGAGAAAAGUGAUGUUCAGUUGGCGGAAAUGAUAUGGACAGCUAAGGCGUUUAUGCACGCCAAUAGGAAUCAAAUUAAAGAGUUAGCUGCUGUUAUGAACUCAAUGGCCCGAUCCAUGGAUUGAGAUUAAAACUCUGAGUUUAUUUAAAUUGAGAAACUUGUUGCAGGUUAAAUGUUAUGACAGGGUGUGUCUACCUGGCCGUCUAUAAUUCUCAAGAUGAAAGUGAUAAUUUUUAUUGGUUCAGGGAAUUUUCCAAAAGAAUUGUAAUUCCGAGUUAUGCGUGGAUUUAAAAAAGAAGUGUGGUAAAGGAUAAUUCUGAUUUAGAAUAGACAAAAUUCCAAAAGAUUUACUAGUUUGACUUGGAUCGGGGAAUUUCCCGAAAAAAAUGAUAUAAUUCUGACAUGGAAAAGGAAAUUUUCCAAAAGAAUUCAAAUUUUGAGGAAGGACAUGAAAAUUUCUGAAAGAAGUAUAACAAGGUGUCUACUAUACCUGGAGAACCUGGAAAUGUAAGGUAUUUUUUUUUUAAUUGCAAUGUAAAAUUCAAUAACUUUUACGUUUGAAUUUUUUUUUACUGGAAAUUAAACUGUUCUAUUUUUGGUUUAAAUUUAUCGUUUCUAAUUAAAAAUUCAAGUAUGUAGUUGAAACUGUAUGUAUUUUGUUGGAAAUUUAUUAGUUUGUUGACAAUACUUUCUCUCUCUUCAUAGAAAAAUCUCUUAUAUUUCAAAAUUCAACUCAUGUUCAAAAGUCGUCUUUUUUGAUUUAAUUA